AUGAUCCGCUGGCUCGACUACAACGACUGCUGGCUCGCGGCCGAGUGGGGUCACCCCUCGGACAACCUGGGCGCCAUCCUCGCCGUUGCCGACUGGAUCACGCGCACCAACAAGGCCGGCGGCAACCUCGCCAACGGCAAGCAGUUCACCAUCCGCGACGUGCUCGAGGCCAUGAUCAAGGCCCACGAGAUCCAGGGCUGCCUGGCGCUGCUCAACUCGUACAACAAGGUCGGCCUCGACCACGUCGUGCUCGUCAAGGUGGCCAGCACGGCCGUCGUGUCCAAGAUGCUCGGCCUCAGCGAGAAGCAGAUUGCCGACGCCGUCACCCAGGCCUGGGUCGACGGCCAGAGCCUGCGCACCUACCGCCACUCGCCCAACACCAUGUCGCGCAAGUCGUGGGCGGCCGGCGACGCCUGCCAGCGCGCCGUCAACCUCGCGCUCAAGGUGCUCAAGGGCGAGCAGGGCGUGCCGACGGUGCUGUCGGCGCCCGUCUGGGGGUUCUACGACGUCCUCUUCAAGGGCAAGAAGUUUGAGUUCCAGCGCCCCUACGGCAGCUACGUCAUGGAGAACGUCCUCUUCAAGGUCUCGUACCCCGCCGAGUUCCACUCGCAGACGGCCGUCGAGGCGUCGGAGAAGAUCUACGGCCAGCUCAAGGCCCUCGGCAAGUCGGCCGCCGACAUCAAGGGCAUCACGUGUCGCACCCACGAGGCCUGCAUCCGCAUCAUCGACAAGCAGUUCAAGCCCAUGGACAACUUUGCCGACCGCGACCACUGCAUCCAGUACAUGUGCUCCGUCAUGCUCGUCUUUGGCCGCCUCGAGGCCACCGACUACCCCGACGGCAGCGAGGCCGCCACGUCCGAGAUGGUCGAGUCACUGCGCAAGCGCUUCAAGUGCGUCGAGGACCCCCAGUUCACCAAGGACUACCACGACCCCGCCCUGCGCACCAUCUCCAACGCCCUGACCGUCGAGCUCAACGACGGCACCGUGCUCGAGAAGGUCGUCGUCGAGGCGCCCCUCGGCCACCGCCUGCGUCGCGAGGAGGCCAAGCCCGAGAUUCUCAAGAAGUACCAGAGGCACCUGGUCGCCCACUUCAGCGAGAACAAGGUCAAGCAGCUCGUCGAGCUCGGCCUCGACCAGCAGAAGCUCGAGUCGACGCCGGUCGACGAGUACGUUGAUCUGUACGUCAGCAAGGACAGCAAGUUCAUCUAA